AGGGGGGAGGAAGCGACGCGGAUGAGACGCACACACCCGCCGUGUUUCUCUCUUACACACACACACGGAGGAGACAAGAGGGACAGGAAGGAAGACAGCGUGGAGACAAGGAGGAGAAGAAGAAGAGGAGGAGAGAGGAGGAGAGGGGGGGACAGAGAUCGGCGGAGAAAUGCGCGCUGGACGGAUGGAUUUUACUCCUCUGCGCGAGCUCGAGCCUUAGUGAGACAACAUGGGCUGCAUAGGAUCCCGGACCAUCGCAGCCGAUGCAGUGCCGGUACGGAAAGAUGGGGAUCAGCAUGGCCGUGCCGAGUUUUCCUGGGAAGGAAUCAAUUUGUCCAUGGAGGACACUACGUCCAUUCUGCCUCGUCUCAAGAGGAAGUCCGCCAACUCCUAUGGGAUCGGUGCCCUGGCUAAGUCCUCUCUGUCAGGUGUGACACGCUCCAUGAAGGACAAGGUGACCAAGCCCACCGCCAUGGCCCAGGGUCGCGUGGCCCACAUGAUCGAGUGGCAGAGCUGGGGCAAACCAUCUGCGGGGCCACUGGGGGGCUUGGGACAUACCAACCUGCAGAGGGAAAAGGAGAGGAGGUUGGAGAACGACGCCUACAGUGACCUCAGCGAUGGCGAGAAGGAGGCUCGCUUUGCUGCAGGGAUUAUGCAGCAGUUUGCAAUUUCGGAGGCAACUCUGUUUGGCUGGAACUCAAUGGACGGUGAGAGUAUGGGAGCCGGCUCCAACCAGGGCAGCGUCGCUCACCUGAGUGAGGUCAACCAGGAGAGCAUUACCAGCAGAGACCAGGUGCUCCAUCACUCCUCUGCAGACGUCUGGCCUCACACGUACGUCUCACAAGGUCUUUACUGCCUGUCGUCCUCCGACGCCUGGGACCCGAUCACCAGCCAGCCCUCAGGUGUGGUCUCGCCUGCUGCAGGCUCCUACAUCAUGGCUGCUGGUGGUAGCAACGGAGUAGGGGGUACACCCGGAGAAGGGUACGAGGGGACGGUAGGCGGUUAUAUUCAGCAUCACCAGGCUCAGCUUGCACUGCAGCAGCACAGUCAACUUCAGCAGCUUCAGCAGCUUCAUCAAUACCAGCAACAGCUCCUGCAGUACCAACAGCAACAACAGACUAUGGAGCACAGGCUACACAGUGCCUCCCAUUCCCUCCAAGCCACCCCCAACAGCACCAUCCACAGCCUCGGUCCUCCCACUCACCCUCAGUUAGCCGACCUUUGGGGGGCUGCCCAGGCUGAGGCCCAUCAGGUGGAGAUCGUUGGGCAGCUGAGUGCGCAGAUGGCCGACAUGGUUGGAGGGGUGGUGGAGACAGUUGGAGAGGAGCCAGAACCGGAGUCUGAAGAGACUCAUGAACAACAUGAGGAGGAAGAGGAGCUGACAAGAGUAGAGGAGGUAACAUUGACACUGGAGCCAGAACCGUGCUCUUUGACACCGUCCCCGCUGAGGGAAGACGCCCCCACGACCCGAGGUUCAAGCCCAGGACUACCAGCACAGAUCGCUGAAUCCAUCACGGAGAGAAUACCAUUUGACAUCAUCCCUUGUGUCGUCCAGUCGUUAGAGGAGAAAGACGAGGAGGGGGAAGAGGGCUCCAUUGUCGUCGUUGCAACCAACUGAGUCCCAUGGCCAAAACAGAAAAAGACUGACAAACGCAGGACAUAAUUAUCCCAAUAAUCAGUCAAGCUAUCUCAACCCUUCCUUCUCCCAAAUAUUUACCUUUUUUGAAUCUGAGUAAAUGCUUUUUCAGCUGGAAAUGUGGAAUGUAAUGUAUCCAAACUAGAUGCCAUCUAACCCCAGCAAACCCUCAAGUUUAACAUCAACAAUGUCGACUUUGACAAGUUAAAUGUACACCGGAGGAGAGACCUGAAACUUUGCGAUGGAUUAACAAUGUUCGGACCAAAUGGACCUAACACAGGCAGAACUGGAUGCAAACAGGGCUUUAAACAAAGGAUGCAGAUUUCUCAAUAAGAUGCAAACAAAAACGGUGAGCGAUGGAGGAAAGGGCAAAUUUAAAAAUUCUGUGCAAUACUGUAAAGCUGGA